CUUUCCCGUGUUCAGCUGUUGCGUACAGCGGUUUCCUGUACCUGCUGGACAUCCAAGUCACCCCGACCAGGAACCACUCCGUCGCCGACUUCGGACACCACAUCAGGGACGCCUUCCAGAACACGCUGCAAGAUCGCCCGGGACAACCGGACCAGAUCAUCUACAUGCUCAAGGUGGAUGGAGAACCCUGGUAUGUCGUCUAUGUGAACGUGACCUCACCAAGCGUAAUCGACCUGCUCCUACACAACUACUGGCAGCAGUACCCAGGUGACGCUGAUUACGUCACCAUCCAGUCCACGCCCUUGGCGCACUACGAAGCCUUCAUGGCAUCGACCUUGGACAUCAAGGAUAAUGAGGUACUGACACAGUUCCAAGGAGGGAUCCACAGUGGAGAACUCUACAUGCUGGACUUGCACGUUAAGGACUCAGACGUGAGCCUUGGCAAGCUGUUUGAGGAGUAUGUGAAACAACUGGAGCUCACGGCGGAGCAACGAGGGGAUGAUCCUACCAAACGCACCUUUAUGCACCCUUUCAAGGUCGUCGGAAGUACACGGGUGAUAAUCCUUAGUUCGAGCGCCAGUAACGCCGCCGUAGACAGAGGGCUGUACAGCCUGCCGACGUUCCAGGCGUACGGAGAUGCCAUCGAGGUGGACGCCAUCAGCGUCGUGCCCUUCAGCGAGUACGAGCAUGAGAUAGAGUACCAGGCAGACCACAUCGCGGCCCCCUGCCCGCUAGUCGAGUCCUCCCGCCCGCGCACUGCCGGCUCCCGCUCCGCCCGGACGAGCAUCUGCCGGUACGGCGGCGUGAGGAACCCACUCACCGGGAAAUGCUUCUGUGCGGACAUAUGCUCACAGGAUGUUGACCCCGUGUGCGGGUCGGACGGAGUGGAGUACGAUAACCUCUGCCAGCUGAAGGUGGCGGCGUGCAGGCAGCAGAAGACCAUCGACGCGCUGGGACAGCCUCCCUGUGGGGGUAUGAUGUACAGCGGGUUCCUGUACAGGCUGGAGGUAACAGUCCAGCCAACAGCCGACCGCUCCACUCUGCACAUCGGCAGGAACAUCCGGGACUCCUUCCAGCAGACACUGCGGGAUCCCAUGGACCAGAUGCUGUACAUGAUGAAGGUGAACGGAGAGCAAGUGUUCCAUGUCUACUUGAACGUCAGCCUCCCGACUGUCUUGGAUCAGCUGACGGCGAACUUCAGAAACCGUUACCCUGGCGACGCGGAGCAGGUGACCUUUGUCCCCACGACCUUGGUGGACUACCGUAUGUUCCUGGCUCUGACGGUCGGUCUGUCGGAGUACCGGAACUUCCCGAGCUUCGGCGGCGUGCACGACGGGGAACUCUACUUUGUGGACAUCUACCCACGGGACACGUAUGAACAAGGUGUCAAGCUUGAUCGGCUGUUGGAGAAGUGGGGAGAGGACUGGGAUCUGACGGACGACGCACGCGCCAACCCUGCGUCAUCGAACUUCAUGAUGCCUUACAAAGUACUGGGAAGCACAAGGACUUUCCUUCUCGUGUCGUGGCCGGGUAACGAGGCGGUAGAUAGGAACCUGUACCAGCUGCCGAUGAUCAGCGAGUUCGGAGACGCCGUCGAGGUCAAGGUCAAGAGCAUCGUUCCUUUUGAUGAAUACGAGCGCCAACUGCUGAAUGGCCUGCCCAGUCCAGUUCCUGGUAUGGUAGUAAGGGACCGUGUUGCCACAUCGUCCUGUCGCUAUGGCGGCCUGAUGGACCCUCUGACGGGCCGCUGCCGCUGUAACAUCGUCUGCACCCGUGAGCGCAUCCCCGUGUGCGGGUCCAACGGCAGGGAGUACCCCAACGCCUGCAUGCUACGCGCUGACUCGUGCGAGCAACAGCAGACCAUCGACAAAGUCGGAUCACCCCCUUGUGGACCCGAGAACAGCGUGAUGUACAGCGGUUACCUGUACCAGCUGAACGUCACAGUCCAGGUCACGCCGAGCACGUCAGUCAUGGAGUACGGCAAGCAGCUCCGCAGCUCCUUCAGCGACACCUUACAGGAGCCAGAGGAGGAAAUCCUCUACAUGCUGAUGGUCAACGGGGAACCCACGUUCCUGAUAUUCGUGAACGUCUCCGUGCCAACGACCCUUGACCUGAUGAUGCACAACUACCUGAUGACGUAUCCUGAAGACGCAGAAACCGUAACCAUGACAACCACGCCGCUUUCGUCCUAUGAAGCGUUCCUGGCGACCACAGUCCUGGUGCAAGAGAAGAAAACGUUAAAACAGUUCGGCGGCAUCCGAAGCGGAGACCUGUACCUUGUGGAUAUGCACAUCAGAGAUACAAACCUGAACAUGGACAGAAUACACUCCGUCAUCGCUGAUGACGCCAAGGCACUGGCUUCCAACCGACCCUACCCAGAAUCCUCCUCUCUCCUGCAUCCCUUCAAGGUCGUGGGCAGUCUCAGGGAUAUGAUCCUGAUGUCAGCCCCCAGUAACGAGUUUAUCGACACCCACCUGAACCGCCUGCCGCGCCUUAAACAGUUUGGGGACAGUCUUGAGGUCACCGUCAGGAGCGUGUCUCUGUUCGACGACAUCGAGGAACAAAUCAUAGAGAGAAACGGCGCGGCGGCCUCCAUCUCCGCCUCCACGGCGUACGGCGAGCACCAGGUGAGCGGGUACAACAACAACGGCGGCAGGUGCCGCUAUGGCGGGACCAGAGACCGGUCCGGGCAGUGCAAGUGUAGCGAGGUCUGCAUCGUGGACUCCGUGGCCGUGUGCGGCUCCGACGGGAAGGAGUACCCGAACCAGUGCGCGUUAGAAGUGCAGGCCUGCAAGCAGCAGAGGGCCAUUGAUGUCAUCGGCAGCCCACCGUGUGGAGAUAUCCAGUACAGCGGGUUCCUCUACCUACUAGAGAUCUCAGUCGUCCCCACUGCUGAGUAUGACGAAGGCGUGGUUCAUAUCGGACAGACUCUGCAGUACUCCUUCUCAGAGACACUCAAAAACCCACGGGACUCUGUCAUACACAUGCUCAAGGUGGAUGCUGAACCAAAAUACCUUAUAUACGUGAACGUCUCCUCACCCGACAUGGUGAGCACACUGUUGUACAACUACUGGCGGACGCAGCCCGAGCUGGCUGCCCGCCUGACGGUCCACACCACCCCGCUAGCGCACUACCACGCCUUCCUGGCCACCACGGGAGGUGUGGACGACAUGGACGUGUUGAAGACGUUUGGAGGGAAACAGAGCGAAUGGAUGUUCCACAUAGACAUCCAUGCCAAAGACUCAGGAGUGCCGAUGAAGGAGCUAGUGUCAAAGUGGGUAGAAGACGCAGAGUUCCUUGCGGAAACCCGAGACCCGUCCACAGCUGACUACUUCCAGCCCUUCAAGGUCGUAGGAAGCACACGAAUGGUUGUUCUGUUUUCCUCCGAGCGAAACGAGGCCGUAGAUCGGUUCCUGUACCAACUCCCACUGAUGCAACCUUACGGUGACGCCAUCGAGGUCAAAGUUCACAGCGUGGCCACAUUCACAGAGUAUGAAAAACAGCUGCUCAUACAGUACUAGAUAUGCUCAAUAUGAGAGAAGCGGGGUUUCCGUUAGUUUUAGUUUAAAACGAUGCAGUUGUGUUUAAGAGUUUGUAAGUUUAUGUGUUCGUUCUUGUUUCUGCGUUAUGUUCUGUUAAGAUGAUGACAAAGAUAUUUCGUGAUGUUACUAAACUAAGCUGAAGUCUGGCUUACGCUAAUGUGUAAGCAGAAGUGGGGUUUGGGCGCGUCUUUUGCUCAUUUUGUACAACUUUCAAGCGAUGCAUUUUUAUGUGAACACUUCAUAAUACUUGUAAGAGGUACAAAACGAGCAAAAUGGCUCGAGAGUACAAGUCAGCACCUCACAUCUACUUGGAGAUUAGGAGAAUCAGACUAUGCCAGUUCCUGUGGUGUCUUUAAGAUUAUGUGUUUGUUUCUUUAAGGACUUAGCCUAGCAGCUGAUAGAGUAACAGGCUAGAACAUUACAUGUGGUUGUCUUUAAGAUUCGUUUCUGAGAGAGACUUGCCUUGCAGCAUUUGGUAUUAAUAAGAGCGUCGAUGCGGUGGUGUUCCGUCGUCAAGCAGAUGUUAGGAACUUUCGCAGUCUAAGUUGUAAGCAUGUUUUUGCAACUUCUAGUACGUAGUUCGUAUAGUGCACCGUUUGGACACGUCAUUCCUGUAUGAACCAGUGAAGAGUUUAGACAUUGCAGUACUAGACAGGCGUACUAAAUGUUGCAAAAACACACCUUAAACUGAGACUGAGCUACUGUCCAAGCAGGGGUUCGGCUCCAGCUGAAUUUGACGUGUUUUUAGGCGUUUUUGUCGGCUUUCUAUGUUGUACCGGCGGCCGGCGGAUAUGAAGAAAAC